CUGGAAUUGUGAACAACCGCGCAAUUGUUGCCCAUAGCCCAACCCGAAAUACUCCAUCAGGUUGGCUAGUUUGAUCUCUGCCUAAAUCUGCCAGAGAAAACGAUUGGACCCAGUCGGAGAUCGUUGUCGUUCUGGGGAUGGGGUGAAACGGGGCCGGGACAGGCUACCAGAUUGGGAGAAGAGGGCCGGUGGGCCAACCACGUAAGCCACCGCCCCGGAGGCCCUCGCCCAGUUCCUUAUCUGAACACCGACCGACCCGACCGAUGACCCUCGGCGAGACUCAGAGGGGCGCCUAGCAACUCUUCGCAAGUUCUCCCCUCCCCAUCAGUUGUCUCCGAUGAAAGGUUUCCCCCCAGUAGGAUGGCCGAUUUUCACCAGCCGUUGGGGGCUCCUGACCUGGAGCCCCCGCCGGAACAACAGCGGGUGAGGAAGCGUCGCAGACGGACCAUGGCGUGUAUGCAGUGUCGCAGCAGAAAGCUCCGCUGCGACCGUGAAUAUCCUGUCUGCAGCCGCUGCCAGAAGAGCAAGACGCCAUCCAAGUGCACUUAUGAGGAUGGCUUUCUCUGGCAGCAGCCCAAUACAGUGGCCUCGCCCGUUUUCUCCGAGCGAGGUCCCACAACCACGGUGCAAAUGCCCCAAGCUGAUCGGGCGACUGCCCACCCUACCCCGGACUCGGGGAUAAGCAGUUUACCGUCUCGGUGUCAUCCCUCGCUCCCCGUUGAGGAAAAACGGGAUAAAUUUCUGGAAACCGUCCUGGGCGCCCCCAAGGCUGCCGUCAAUCAGGAACCGUAUGUCACCACCGACCUGUUGCAUCGUCACCAUCCCCCGGAGGCCCAUCCGGUCACACAUCCUCAUCCAGACGAAGACGAUGAUAGUCCCCCUUCGCCUUCACAUCAAUUGGACGUCUCCCCUCGAAUCAUGAUGCGUGGGAAAGAAACCAAGACCCGCUUCAACGGUUCGGGCAUUUUUGCCAACCUUAUCGCACAGUUCCCUGACCUCAGGGCCUUUGCGGAGGAGAUCCGUCAGGCCAGUCCGCAUUUGUCUGCAUUACGGCCCGAUCUGAUGAGAGUGAGGAAAGGCAUCUGGAAGAAGAAGCCUCUGAAUACCCCAUUUCCUACGCCCACCACCAGUUCGAUGAUCCCAAUGCUCCCCACCCGUGCCGUGGUGGAUGAGCUGGUCGUUCUAUAUUGCACCUACAUCGAAUCGGCCCAUCGGAUCCUUCAUGUCCCGUCGUUCCUCAAAGAAUUGGAUGAAUUCUGGGCGCAGAGAGAAUCCCCGGAUAUGGUCUCGCCAAUCUUUGUCGUGCAGCUCCUACUGGUUUUGGCUUGUGCAUGGAACUUCGCCGAUUUCCAUACCCUGCAGGUGAAGAAUGAGGGGAAUCUGCAAUGCUAUACGGCCGUCGAGUGGGUCCUGCAUGCAGAGAAGUGGAUGGACAAUGCACACAUCAAGCGACCGGAGCUGACCAGUCUCCGCCUCAACACGCUUUUGAUCAUCGCUCUCAACUUCCAUGGCAUGAAACGCAGUCAGGCUUGGCUCGCUACGGGCACGCUCGUCAAGCAAGCCAUGAUGGCCGGCUACCAUCGGGAUCCAACCCGAUAUGCUCGGAUCUCCGUUUUCAACAUGGAAAUGCGCAGGCGCAUAUGGACCACCAUCGUUGAGCUUGAUCUGCAGGUGUCUCUCGAACGAGGCAUGCCGCCGUCGCUCCAGGAGGCUGAUUACGACACAGCUCCGGCGCUCAAUAUCAAUGACAGCGAUAUCGAAGAGGGCAGCACCGAGCUGCCAACGGCCAAGUCAUUGGACGUCAUCACUGAUUGUUCCUUCCAAGCGGUCCUCGUACAAUCCCUUCCUCUGCGACUCAAAGCCUGUGCGUUGAUGCACUCCCCGCGGAUCAGCUGCCGGUACGAUGAUAUCCUACAUCUGGACUUUGAGCUCAAUCGACACCUCUCAAAGAUGCCCCGGUGGUCUAUCUCGGACAUGGACGACUUCCAAACCGCCCACCGCGUGCUCCUCAUCCGAGCCCUAUUGGAGAACAAAAUCGGGCAUUCUCUGUUAUCUAUCCACACUCCGUUCGCCAUCGAAGCCCCAAAGGAUUCCCUCUUUGCCCCGUCCGCUCGGGCUCGCCUAGAAGUGGCGUCGAUGAUUCUAUCAACGCAGCGGCGCUUACGCGAAACAUCGCCGCAGCUGUCUCUCGCUAACAUGGGAGACUGGACCAUGCAGGCUUACUGCACGAUAUGCCAACUCCUACACCAGGGACAAAGCGACAACGGCUCUUCCACAUCACUCACCCGAACCCUCCCCGGGCUCCCCGAGUCCCUGAUCUCCUUGGUGGAGGUGGCCUUGGCAUGCCUCGAAUCCCGCCUCCUCCUGGUGGUCAAAGGGGCCAAGGAGUAUUUCUUCAUGUCGACCAUUGUAGCUCUGGUGAAAGUGGGCCUGUGGCCAAGCCAAGCGCAGAUCUAUAAGCAGGAGGUCGUCGAGCGAGUGAUCAUGUUCGCCCAGACCCUUUUUACCCGACAUGCCAAUUGCACCCAUCUCGGCGACUGGGGAUUGGGCAACUUUAAGACCAACCAAGUCCCCAGCUUGAACGCGGGUCCUGGGAUGCCUCCGCCGUUUGUUCCCGACAUGAGCAUGGCGCCAACCCCCGGCUUUGGCAUGAUGCCUCCUGGCGACCUCGAUCCCUUCCUCGAUGCGUUCGAUUGGGGUGAUCUGACGGGGAUCACCUUUCAGUAAUGAUGUAAACACAUCUCAUGCCAUAGUCCCUCAAUCGUGAUGACUGUAUGUAUUGUACAAUACAUCUCUGUACUGUACCCGUAUGCCUUUUGUACAUAGUAUGAUAAUGAGAUGGCUGCAUAGCAGACGAUCAUUGAGGCGCAGUGACGACACGAACGAUCCCGAACAGGAGGAU